UUUUUUUUUUUGUUUUAUACAUAUUUAUAUAUAUAUAUAUUGUUAUACCUUUUUAUUCCCCUUUCUUUUUAUAUAUAUAUAUAAGUAUACACACAAAACAAUAAUGGUUGUAGCUCUUCCACGAUCAGUAUCUCCUACUCCUCAAAAACCAAUGUCAAAGAAACUGAUUGCUUUACAAUUGUGCAUUGUCUUUUUACUUGGUUUCUUCUUUAUGUGUAGUGUCCAAGUCAAUCGCACAGGUAACUAAAAUAAAAUAAAAUAAAAUAAAUAUAAAACUAAUAUCAUUAUUGUUUUAGUUGAUAAUUGUUCUUCUGAUUUGAAUUUUUGUCGGUCACCUGAUAUGGAUAUUCGUUUGGAAGACAAUAAUUUGGAAUUAAUUCAACAUGAUCAAUUAUCACCAUCUGAACAAAUUACUAUUCAAACACCUAAACGAACUGAAUUUCCUUACACGAUUGUUACUGCUUCCAGUGCCAAUCAUUUAUGUUCUUUGGAAAACUUUUUAUAUUCUCUUCAUGCUUUACGAUCUCAAGUCGCACCAGAAGACUUUCCUCGCAUAGUUGUAUACAAUAUUGGUAUGAAUCGAACUCAACUCCCUGUUUUGGAUCAACUACAAGAACAUGGAUUAAUAGAUGAUGUAGAAACAUUUGAUUAUUUUCAAUAUCCUCGCUUUUGGGAUGUUGCUAUCAAUGCUGGUGAAUAUGCUUGGAAAACUGGAAUUGUCAAUGAAGCUCGCAUCAAAUAUGGUGGUACCUUGGUAUGGUUGGAUGCUGGUAAUGUCGUCACUGCUGACUUUUUACGUAAUAUUCCAUCCAUCAUUCAAGAACAUGGUGGAUUUUGGUCUCCUCGUAGCUCGUAUACCAUGGGACGUUGGACUCAUCAAGGCAUGUACGAUUACUAUGGUGCCAAUGCUCGUGCUUAUGCUAGGAAUAUUAAUUGCAAUGGUGCCGCAGUAGGAUUUGAUACUACCAAUAGUACUAUUGUGGAUGAUAUUAUUAUUCCUUGGUUCCUUUGUGGAAUGGAUAAAAACUGUAUUGCUCCUCCUGGUUCAUCAAGAAAAAAUCAUCGACAAGAUCAAGCUGCUUUGACCUUUUUGGCUUAUAAGAAUGGACAUAAAUGUACUCUUCCUCCUGCUCGUUUCCAUAAACUUCAAAUUCAUCGUGAUGUAGCCUGUCGUUCAAGUCUAUUGGAAUUAGAAGUAGAUGGAUCUCUUUAUCAUCCUUCUUCUGUGGAUUUCCCCAAGUGGUAUAGAAGCGAUACUUUGGAAUUAUACAAUCAUCCUGAAUGGCGUUAUCCUGAAGACAAAGUACCUGCCCAUAUCAAAUCUUUAGUUGAACCUCCUGCAUUCCUAUAGACUCUUUUUUUUUUUUCUUUUAUGUACAAAUUAUCUCCCCUGACUCAUAAUCAACACAUCAUUUUAUUAUUAUUUAUUUACCAUCAUCAUCAUUACUAUUAUUAUUGUGACAUAGUUUAGCAUUUAUUUUUCUUUUGUGCCUUCCCCAUUCCUUUCCUUUAUAUUUUGAUACAACUAUUUACAUACAAAAUGAAACAAAAAUAAACGAUUGGAUUUGUAUAUACAUCAA